AUAUAUGAUUGGAAUUUACAGAUCACUAGUAAAUACCAUUCCUAGAUUCAACAUAGUUUAUGGCUAUGUACCUAAAAGGUCUCCCUUUGAUAAGACUCAUUACAUAGAGAAUUAUAUACCCAGAUAAAUUCCUUUCCCAAAAUCAAGAAGACCUAGAUUACAAUAGUGGGAUGAUGAAUAAAAAAUUUGGCCAGUAAUCCCUCCAUCACCCAUUCUACCAAGAAAAAAGUUGUUAUAAUAAUUAGAAAAAGAAGAAUAUGAAAGACUACAAAUUAUCAAAGUAAUUCCAUUCAAUAAUUAAAGCCUAUGACAUUCCCUGAUUUUAGAGUGGGUGAUGUAAUUCAAGUAAAAUGGAUUCAUAAUAUGAGUGAACCAACUAUGAAUACUUACUAAGGUUUAUGUGUUGGAAAAAGAAGAUCAAACUCAUUAGAUGCCUCAUUCAAAUUUAUCUUCAGAUAUUGUGGUGUGGAUGUUUUUAUGAAUGUCAAGCAAAACUCACCUUAUCUAAAAGAAGUCACUAUUCUUAAAAAGGGAACAGGUAAUAUUAGAAAUAAAGUGUCAAUAUUUACAAAGAGAUUGUCUAAGCAACAAUUUAUUACUCCACUCAUGAAAAAAGGAAAACCUGUCAGAAGAAAGGAUGAUCCAAUUCGUAAGAGAAGUUCAAGAUCAAGAACAUCUCUUUCAAUGCUUAAAUCUAUAGAAGAUCCAUUAUUGGCGGAAAAACCUGUUGAGAAGAAAACAAAAAAAGUAUAUAAGAAGAAAUAAGCAGAACAAGAACCAAUUGUAGAGCCAAAUGAUAACACUAAUAAAUAAUGAUGAGUUUUUAAGUAUACGUAUAAAUAUCAAC